AUGGAUAAGUUCCGUAUGAUGUUCCAGUUCCUUCAGUCCAACCAAGAGUCGUUUAUGCACGGUGUUUGUGGCCUUAUGGCCCUGGCUAGCGCUCAACUCUACUCCGCUUUCGAGUUCAACUGCCCCUGCAUGCCCGAAUACAACUACUCCUAUGGAAUCGGGGUAUUGAUCAUUCCGGCUCUUUGGUUCUUUUUGCUCGGAUUUGUCCUGAACAAUAACGUGUCUAUACUUUCCGAAGAGUGGAAACGACCGGUCGGUCACAGAGCCAAGGAUCCUACGAUUUUGCGCUACAUGUUCAUUUCUGUGUCGCAGCGCUCGUUGAUUGCUCCUGUAGUUUGGAUCGCGGUCACGUUAAUGGACGGGAAGAGCUUUCUUUGUGCAUUUAGUUUGGACUUGGAUAUUUCCGAGUUUGUUGUGGGGAAUUACACAGGCCAUGGCCUGUCGGAAGAGGAGAUGAUAACGUUGCUUGCCAAAGUCCCUUGCAAGAACAUAUUUAACGGAGACCAUAUUUUCUCUAGGGAAGGAGCCACUAGAUAUAUACGAUGUGUGUCACAGGCAUUUGGUUGGCUCUUCCUGCUCAUCCUUACUUUAAUUGCGUUUACCGUCCGUGCCAUGCGUCCCUGCUUCAGCCAAGCUGUGUUCCUCAAAACCAAAUACUGGUCGCAUUACGCUGACAUCGAACGCAAGGUGUUCGACGAGAUGUGUGCGGAACACGCCAAGAGUUUCGCCAAAGUCUGCAUCCGGCAAUACUUUCAGGGUGUCGGCGACGAGCUGCACGGCCAACAUGGGCAGCAUGAUGGGAAGGAGGACGAUGACGAACAGCCUAAAGAGGAAGAUAACCUGCUAGGCGUCCAACGCCUGGAAGACAUGAAUAAAGUUUUGCACGACUGGCAUAUAUGUAAGCCUCCGUUAAGUCUGAGGAAGAACGCAGCCGGCGAUGAUGGUAACAAGAAAGCGAAUGGAAGCCAAUAUGGUGAGAAAACUGGCUACGACAAUGCUACAUUCACCACGGAUCAAAAAGGAGGAGAGAAUGGAUACGUCACGUGCCGGAAUGGGAAUAGUUAUAUAAACGGGAACACUCAUAUGGACCAGCAUACCUGGAACGCAUACAAUCAGUCAUCCAGCAUUAAAAAGAAAGAGUGGGCGGUAUAUUACAGUAAGGUCUGAAGACCCUAAUGGCGGAGAUGCUGCUUAAUGACACCAACGCUGAUGGAGAUCAGCUGCGCUAGAAGUACAGUAAAGGCUAAUAUAAGCCCGGGUAAAGGUUUUUUUUAGAAGAACAAGAACACACCUCUCUAUGUUUCAGACCAAGCUGAGGAUCCAUUUUAAUAAAACGUUCUCAUUUUCCCUGCUUAGAGAGAACUGAGUAAAGACCUAGCACUUGGUUUGACUCAUAAUUAUUUACUGUUCAACCAGAGAGCUGAAUGUCUAUUGUAAGGGAAUGUGUAUAGUAUGGGGUGUUGUCCAGUAAAUGCUUUUUAGAGCACUUUUAUCUCGAACAUUGUAAAGAGCAGCUAGCGAUUCCUGAACCAGUGCCAACAAAGCAUCACAAUAUCUUGGACACGGAUAAAAGGAAGUUGUCUUGUUUGUACUGUAUCGUGCAGACUGUGUGUCUGAAUGCGGCGCGCUCACGCCCGUCUCUCUCGCUGACCCUCACCACCCCUUGCAAAUCAGGACCCAGAGGCAAUCAUGCAGCUUUGCAUACUGCUGAAGAAACAAAAUCGUCUUUUGCUAUGUCUGCUCUUGUUCCCUUUCGGUAGAUGUCAGAUUUUAGGUGAAUUGGUUUUUACAGUUCGUAAUGGACAGGAAGUAUAUUGGUAUAUUGCACAAACACUGAUUACCUGAAUGUACAUGUAUAUGUGUGUGUGUGUUGGUGUAUAUGUUUAACUUAUACGUUUGUCAGUAGAUGAGCUGAACUGACCCA